UAUAAAUAAGUUUUACCACAAUAAUCUCCUAGUAAGCGAUUUUCAGCCUCCCUCUGUCUGAACCAUGGCAUUCAGAGAAUUUUUAAAGGAAGUAGAAGUUGGCUUUCACGAUGACAGCGAAAAGUAUGAUCAAUUUCGCAAACUCUGGGUAGAUAUGAAAUAUAGAAAAAUUCAUUUUAGUGUUUUCAAAGCAAAAUUGAAGAGCUUGUUUGAAGGCCAUAAAUAUUUGCUUUUGGAAUUCAACAAAUUUGUGAGAAGCGAACAUAGAAUAGAGUGUAAAGAUGCAUCCGAAUUUUUUCAAGCAGUAAAAGUUGUUUUAAAAGAUGAUGAUUAUAAAGAUUUUAUUCAAGUUCUUGAAGAUUACAGGAGAAGGAAGAUUGAUAAAAGGUCUUGUUUGGCAAGACUGAAGGUGCUGCUUAGAGGGCAUGCUUAUUUAAUCAGCCAGUUGAACACCUUACUUCCACCUCGGUUUCGUCUCACACUUUCUUGUUGGGAUCAACUUCACUGGGAUCUACUUUCUGUUAUUUCCCAAAAACUCGAUUUUGACGACCUCUUUCAAUUUUCUCGUGUCUGCACCAAUUGGAGACUUUUUCAUAAAUCAAUAGACAAAUCAAGUUUCUUGACAUCCCAAGAACCACUGCUUCUUGAGUUUUUUAAGUGUCCUGUUAAGUUACCAUAUUCCUUUACUAGCCUACCCAAUCAAAAAGUUUAUCCCUUGAACAAGAUGAUGCUGAAAAUGUUGAGUUACUCUUAUGAUGGCUCCUUCCCUAUCUAUGUUACCUGUUCUAGUGGAUAUUUUGUUAUUAUAGCUGACAGUUCUUCCAUUCUGCUGAUCAAUCCGUUUACACAAAUAAAGAAGAAGGUAAGCUGUCCUUCCACGUUUAAGUCUAAAUUCUGCCCUCAACAUAAUUACCGUGCAUUACUUGCUUUUGACAAAUCCUCUGAGGAGGAAUUUGUUUUGGUAUUUUUCUUCGAUUACUCCAACAGUUUCUAUGUCUAUCAAUCUCGACAUAAUGGUUGGGUUACUUCUUCCAUUAGCUUCUACCCUAAUGAGGACCCUAACAAGGUCCCUUAUGAUGUCGAUGAUGGUUUUAUCAACCUUUUUGUUGACUUUGUGGCUUUGAACAAUAUAAUAUAUGUUCUUACUUUGGAGGCCAGGAUAGGGGUACUCUGUUUGAAUUCCAAUUCUGCAAAUAUUGAAUAUCUAAAUAUGGUGAAUACCCCCGAAUUCGAAUUACCAUUUGAAUUAGAGUUAGAGAGAUCAUCCUUUAACUUGGCUACAUGUGAUGAACAACUUUUACUAGUUCGAUUAAAUUCUGAUUCUGAAGAUGGUCCUCCGCCAGAUAAAAAAGUUUACAAGAUAGACUUCUCAACCAUGACUUAUGUCGAACUCGAAACCUUGGGAGACAUUGCAUUAUUUUAUGUUUGUUUGAAAAGCUGUAAGGCAUUGAGCAACCCGAAUAGAUGGGGUUAUGAGAGCAACUCUGUGUAUCAAGUUUGUAGUCAUGGCUGCACCAAAACUUGCACCGUUUAUAAUUGGGAUACAAAAUCCAACAAAUACAUUGCCCCUCCAAAUCCUGAAACAAAUGGCAGAAUCUUUGAUUGGUGUUUUAGACAUCCAGAAUAUGAAUUAGAUGGUUCUCUUUAAUUGAUCGGUUUUUUCUUUUCAUGUAAAAUAAAUAUUAUCAAGUAUACUUAUUCCUAUUCUCUUGUUAGGUAUUUCUCCAAUUUUA